CAAUUUUCCUUGUUUCUGCUUCCUCUUGUUGCCAAAAUCAGAUUCAGAGAUCAUGUUCAUUGGUAUGAUAUGCAAUUCAUUGAAAGAGAAUCUUCAUUGAUGUAAUGUAGGAUCUGACAAGGAACUAUUGUCCCUUGUUUCUUUUCCAUCCUCACAUUCUAUCUUGCUUUAUCAGCUUUUACAUUAUUUCUUGUAACAUUUGAGACCAUUUCAUGGGGGUCACGUGUGCACUGUAACCCAAGUUUGAAUUUUUUUUUUACCUUGAAUAAUGUUGGUGCAGUAAUGGUGGAAAAAAAUGGUGUGCAAACGUAACUUCUAUUUGGGGAAUAGGGCAUUAAUAGCUUGUGUUGGAAAUGGUUGUCCUUGAUUAAUGUCUAGCAUCCAAAUUCAGGAGUAAGAUUCUGUCAAUCUUGAGAGGAUUUGAGAUUAAGGUACAAUUGAAGGAGUUUUAUGUGUUUGGAGAGAUGGGGGAGAAUUGACUUUGAGUUUCUCAGAGGCUCCGCUUGUAAUCUCUUGAAGCGGAGCUUCUCUGAGAUACACAAAGAAGCAAGAUGAUAGAGCAAUUCAUCAAUUUCAUUGUUCGCCCUCCCAGGGCUGAGUAUGAUCCAGAUGAGUACCUAUGGGAAAAAGAAUUCACCCUUGCAGGAAAAACAUACCAAAGGCAGGAUUUGGAGCUCAAAAAUUCCAGAGGCUACACCUUGCAGUGUAGUCAUUAUCUCCCUUCACCUUUCCCUGAAGAUAUUUCUCUUCCUUGUGUUAUUUAUUGCCAUGGAAAUAGUGGAUGUAGGGCAGAUGCCAAUGAAGCUGCUGUUGUUCUUCUUCCAUCAAAUAUUACUGUUUUUACUCUUGACUUCUCGGGGUCAGGCUUAUCUGAUGGAGACCAUGUUAGCCUCGGUUGGCAUGAAAAAGACGACCUCAAGAUGGUGGUGUCGCAUUUAAGAAGCAACAAGCAAGUAUCUCGUAUUGGUCUCUGGGGACGAUCAAUGGGUGCUGUUACAAGCCUUCUUUAUGGAGCUGAAGACCCUUCUAUUGCUGGAAUGGUGUUGGAUAGUGCCUUUUCAAACUUAUAUAAUCUGAUGAUGGAGCUUGCUGAUGUCUAUAAAAUUCGACUUCCAAAGUUCACUGUUAAAAUGGCUGUACAAUAUAUGCGUCGGGUUAUUGAGAAGAAGGCAAAGUUUGAUAUUAUGGACCUGAACUGUUUGUUGGUUGCACCGAAGACAUACAUUCCUGUUUUAUUUGGACAUGGUAAUGAUGACCAAUUCAUUCAACCUCACCACUCUGAUCUCAUCUCUGAGUCAUAUGCGGGAGAUAAAAAUAUCAUAAAAUUUGAUGGUGAUCAUAACUCCGCUCGGCCACAGUUCUUUAUGGAUUCAGUUUCCAUUUUCUUCUACAAUGUCCUUCGCCCUCCUCACAUUCCUAGACCUCGUAAGGUUGAGCAUUAUAUUGAAUUUGGUGGUUUAAAAUUUGGUUCUACUGUGAAUGAGAACCUGUUAUAUAAGAUACUCGCUAGUCUCCAGUCUGUAACUACUGAUGCUCCAAGUUCAUCUUAUGCUCCUCCAAGCAUUUCAAAUUCAGUCACAGCAUCAGUUAGUGAGAGUUCGAAAGUUGCUCCAUCCAUGAUUAGCCAGGAAUCAAUGAAUGGCUAUAGUGGACCUGGCUGUGAUGAGCCUGCAGAUGUGAAGGAUGAGCAUAAUGGCCUGACUGAAGAUUAUUACUCAUAUACUAGCUCAACCAGAGAAAGCUGGGGAAGAUGUUCUUCUUUAGGACUCACUGAUGAAGAAUCCUAUCCAGAUUUCAGGGGUGAUGAUAAUGGUUCUGAGGUAUUUGCAACACCCCGAGGAAGUAUGAAAGAAAUAUCAGCAGACCCAAAAGAAGACGGAAAGAAGAAGAAAGCUGUAAGAUUAACAAAGAAGCUUAAAUCUGAAAAAAUUGACAAGUGGCAGUCCCUCACUCGACGCCUGCGACUUUGCAUCUUAAGGGGAUCUGCUCAUCGGAGACAAAAGUCCUCUUGACGUGUCCUAACUGCUAUUGUGUUAUAUAGUUCCUCUAACCAUUUGUUUUCAUAACAUCAAUGUAAGAGACUGCUAUUUUUAGGCAGCUCAUGAAACUCAACUUGUUUGUAGGUCUACUAUUUGAUUCUCUAUUGGGAAUAUUCAACAUGUACUUAGGUGCAGAAUAUUGGUUUCUCUUUCUGGCUCCUCUUUCACUACUUGUUUACUGUUAUGAAUGAGACUUU